CUAUGGACACAGAAAUGGAAACACAAACGGAAGAAAUCGUUCUACGAUUUCGAACUAAAAAACCUUUGGGACUUCUUCUUAUAACAAGUACAGCAGAGACAGGAGACCGUGUUGAACUCGCGGUAGCAGCGGGAAGAAUUAGAAUGGCUUUAAGGAUGGGAGUGAGAAAGAAAAAGGACGAGGACAAAGAGAAGGAUAAGAUUCUUCUGGCUGGUCAACACGUCAAUGAUAACGAAUGGCACACUAUCAAAUUUUCGAGGCGGGGAGUUAAUUUGAAACUUCAGUUAGAUGGGCAUACACCUUUGCGGGCUGAGACACAUGGCACAUACACGACACUUCAAUGGCGACGGAUUUACAUUGGAGGUGUCCAAGAUGAACUGGGCAUGUCGACGACAGUACCAAACUUUGUUGGAGAAAUCCAACAGUUCUAUUUCAAUGGAAUAUCGUAUAUCGAGCUUGCCAAGUCGUCAAGCACCGAGCAGAAAAUCGCUGGAUUUCCAGCAAUCAAAGUGGCAGCAAAGUUCGUGAAACGUCUCAUAAAUAAUCUCCAUCGACCCGUUACAUUUCGCUCACAGCAUACGUUUAUAGGACUGCCCAUGCUGCGAGCAUACUCCAGUAUUCACGUUGAUUUCCUUUUUAAAACAAAACAUGCAAAUGGAUUGAUUCUGUUCAACGGUGGAAAGAAAGACGACUUUAUAGCUAUAGAGCUAGUUAACGGACAUAUCCACUACGUACUGAAUGUCGGCGAAGGAGCAAUUAAACUGAAAGAUGCCUCUAAAACUCCUCUUAACGACAAUCAUUGGCACACCGUUGGUAUUAGGAGGCCUUCUCUUAAACAGCACACUCUCAUGGUAGACGACGAUGUUGAAAUAGUAGCAGCCAAUCAAGGCACGGGUCAUCUCGAGUUAGAUGGAAUACUGUACGUUGGAGGUGUGCACAGGGAUCUCUAUUCUCAACUCCCUCAAGGUGACGUAAAAUCAAAAUUAGGGUUUGAAGGAUGCAUCGCAGGUUUAGAUUUGAAUGGUGAAUCGCCUAACAUUAUGGAGGAUGCGGUGAUACACAGUUCAGAAGUUACUGCUGGCUGUGAAAGUCAAUCUUCGAAAUGUGAUCGUAACUUUUGCGCAAACGGAGGGGUUUGCGUUCAGCAGUGGCCAUCGUACACGUGCGAUUGUGAUAUGACUUCGUUUACAGGUCCUAACUGUUCUGAUGAAUCGAUAGCCUACGAAUUUGGGCCCAAUAGGGGUAUAAUAACGUACACUUUUCCGGAAGAUCGUCGUCCGGAAAUGCAAGAUGACGCCAUUGCUUUGGGUUUUAUCACAUCAAAAUCCGACGCGGUUUUGCUGCGAUUGGUUAGUGGAACCUCUACGGACUACAUAGAACUGGAAAUUGUUGACGGAAACGUCUUUAUGGUAUACAACUUAGGUACUCAUGACCACCCCGUAGGAGAAAUUUCGUUUAAGGUUAACGACAAUGCAUAUCACGUAGUUAAAUUUAGACGUUUCGGAUCGAAUGCCACUCUCCAAGUCGACGAUUACAACGUACAGUACGUAGCUCCUUCGGGUGAUCAAUUGCAAGUUUUUAAUAGUCAAUCACAGAUUCAAAUCGGCGGUAAAUGGAGUCCUGGGAAGUCACGCAUCGAGAGACCCUUCACGGGAAUUAUUGCUGGAGUGGUAGUGAACGGUAUUCGAAUCUUAGACUUGGCUGCCGCUAAAGACGUGCACACUUUCACAAGAGGUGACGUUCAACUCAUUUCCAAUAUCCUAGAGAGACAUAUAGAUACCAAUGACCUUCACAAAAUGCAACAGACUCCUGCCUCUGGAUUUUCCGGUGUAAUGGAUGACUUGGUCUUAAGCGGUUCUGGUUCGGGAUGUAACAACGGGGAUGACGAGGAUGAGUGUCCACCACUGCCGGACAGCGGUGGAACCGACGACUUGAUAACCCCGGUGUUUAUUCCGCCUACUAAACCUCCUCCUACCACUAAGCUCCCUCCAAAUCCUAAUGAGCCAGAACCCUGUGACGACGAAGAGUGCGGAUCAGCUUCAGGAGAAAUAACAGAAGAGCCCCCAAGUACUUCAUCUAAAGGAACAUCCGCCGAAGUAUCUGGUUUAAACGUUACGGAGACCUCGACUCAUCAAGGAACAGACGGCUCGUCAACUUAUACUUCCGAGGGGGGAAGUACCGGAGUUUCAAGUUCCUCGGAAAAUACCCGCAAAACCGAAAGUCACAGCACAAUCAGCACAGACGCCGACACAGCUUAUCCAGACGGCUCAAGCAGCAGUAUCACCACGAGUUCCUCCACAUCAUCCGAUCAGACCACUACAACUACCACCAUGACGCACAAAAUUCCAGACACUCCCCCCACAAGACACGACGAGUUUCCCUUCGUCACCACAAAGCCUCCGAGGAAGAAGCCAACGGAAAGAGUCCAUUCGGAAAUGUCGGAAGCGGUGGCUCUCAUCAUUGGCAUCAUCGCCGGAGCUCUCAUAGCUGUCAUCCUCAUUAUACUCGUGAUUCUUAAAUUCAAAUCGCGUGGCGACAGGUCAUACAAAGUGGACGACGGUAAAGGGGGCUACCAGCACGGGCCCAGCACAGCCCUGCUCGGAAACAACGGAAGCGCCAACGAACAAACGCCCUACCAGUUGAACGGUGCCCUCAGGAAUGGGGAGACCAGAGGACAGAUGCAAAAGUCGAACAAAAAGAGAGACAGUAAAGAUAUCAAAGAGUGGUACGUGUAAAAAGGUUAGUUGAUCGAAAUGACUCCGAGCCAUUCCCGUAUGCAAAAGUGAACUAAUAAGUUUAUGUACUGUUUUGUUGUUGAAGGUGUAGGAUUUUAAGCUGUUUUAAUGAUAACGAUAUUAUAAGGCCGCAUUUUCAAACGUUGAACAAACAGGAACAGUGAAGCGCGUUAUUGCAGAACUCUUCAAAUGAUGAUGUUAUCGAUCUUUUAGUUUCAAUGAUACUUAAGCAACUGUUUUGGAAUUCAGGUAAGUCUUUUUCAUUACGAAAUUUUUUUUGCAUUUAUUUUUCGACUUUCAAAAUCGAAACAGCUGGAAACAAUUUUUAAUCGGUUUUUCGAACAAAUAACAUCAUUUGAAGAUCCAUUAUUUGUUAAUUGUAAAACAAAUAAUUUAUUUAUCUUUCGUUUUUACAUAUUAUAUACUCUUUAACGUGUUCUUGUGCACUUCGUUCUCGAAUUGUUAACACUUAACACCGACAUUGAUAAGGCUGUUUUAAAAGGAGCAAUGCCAAGGUUUCUAACAUCUAUUGAUCCUUAAUUAAUAUUCAGUCAAUGCAAUGGAUUUUAUUUGUUGUGAAAGAACUAACUAUAAAUAAUGAUUGAAUCCCUUAAUUCAGUCAAAAAGAAAUAUAUAUAAAACCUGCACGAAACGAAGCGGCGGGUAAUAGCAGCAAAAAUUUCUUAUAUGAUAUGAUUCAACUAUAAUACAUAACACUCUACAACUAUUUACAUACUUCAUAAGAUUUAAUAGUGCCACUAUGACUCGUUUACAAAAAAGAAAUGGAACUGACAUUACUCAAAUAACAUCCCUUAAAACGGUUAAAGUAAAAAGUAUUAUUAAUAAUA